AUGUCAUUGCUCAAACGCAAGGAACCUCCCACCUCGAGCGCCGACGACGCAAAGAAGCCGAGAAAGAAUGCUGACUUGGCCUCCUUUUUCGGCCCCCCUAAAGUUACUUCGUCGUCAAAUGGCGGAGCGCAUGGCCCGUCGGCCAACGGGAUCUCCAAUGCCGCCGAACCUCCUCCACUGAAGUUCGACAAGGACAAAUGGGCAGCGGGUUUGACUCCGGAGCAGAGAAAGCUUCUCAAGCUGGAAAUUGAUACACUCGAUCCAAGCUGGCUGGCUCAGUUGAAAGAUGAAGUCACAUCGCCUGGCUUCUUGGAGUUGAAGCGUUUCUUGCAGAAAGAAAUCGAUGCAAAGCAGAAGAUCUAUCCACCCUGGGAAGACGUGUAUAGUUGGUCCCGUCACUGCCCCCUUUAUAAAGUCCGCGUCGUGAUCCUCGGACAAGACCCAUACCACGGCCCCAAUCAAGCACACGGCCUCUGUUUCUCUGUUCGCCCACCCACACCGGCCCCUCCGUCUUUGAAGAACAUUUACACGGCCAUUCAAAAAGACUACCCUUCCUUCAGACCUCCGCCUAAGAAUUCAGGCCUUUUGACCCCCUGGGCCGACCAGGGCGUCUUGCUUCUCAACACAUGCCUGACCGUGCGUGCGGGCCAAGCGAAUUCACAUGCAAACCACGGAUGGGAAAAGUUCACACAGAAAGUCAUCGAUACGGUCGUCAAGGGCCGGACGCGUGGCGUGGUCUUUCUGGCAUGGGGCUCGCCUGCACAGAAACGAUGUGAAAAAAUCACUGGUGGCCGUCACUUGGUGUUGAAAAGCGUCCAUCCUUCCCCCCUCAGCGCACACAAGGGAUUCUUCGACUGUGGCCACUUUCGCAAGGCUAACGAGUGGCUCGAGUCCCGCUACGGUCCCGAAGGCAUUAUUAAUUGGGAUUUGAAUGUGCAGAAGCCCAUUAAGCCUCCGUCUGUGCAGGAGCCUGUGAAGGUUACGGACGAUCAACGCACGGUUCCAGAUGAGCAUGGCCCACUGACCGCACCGCCGGAGAAGAAGGAUGGGACAACAGCAGUUGAGAGAGAUGAAUUUGACGGCGAAGAUGACGAGGAUGCUAUUGCCGCGUUGGAGGAAAUCGCAAAGAUGGAGGCCGAAGCUGAGGCCAAAGAGAAAGUCAAGGCUGAUGGAGAUGCUAGCAAGGGAGACGACGCAUGA